GGCGGUCGGCGGGCCAUGGCGGCGAAGGCGAAGGCGGCGACGGCGGGCGCCGGUCGGACGGUGCUGGUUCGGGGCCUGCCGCCCUCGGCCUGCGCCGCCCAGCUGGAGAGGGAGUUCGGCCGGGCGGGGCCGGUGCGGCGGGCGGUGGCCGUGACGGAGCCCGGCAAGAAAACCUGUCGUGGGUUUGGCUUUGUCACUUUCUCCUUGCCGGAAGACGCUCAGAGAGCCAUCCAGGAGAUCACAGCCUUUGGGAAACGCAAGAUCACGGUAGCCCUUGCUAAUCCGAAACCACGGCAGAAAGGAAAGAAGAAAGAAGGUGCCUCUGCGGCCCCCCAGCGAGGGAAGAAGCCCCCAAAGGCAAAAGGAGCCUCGAAAAAAGCCAGGCUGAUCAUUCGCAACCUGAGCUUCAAGUGCACAGAAGAUGACCUGAAGGCUUCGUUCUCUCAGUUUGGCACAGUGCUGGAAACUACCAUCCCCAAGAAACCAGAUGGAAAGAUGCGUGGCUUUGCCUUUGUGCAGUUCAAGAACGUCCUGGAAGCAGGGAAGGCCCUGAAGGGGAUGAACAUGAAGGAGAUCAAGGAGCGCCCGGUGGCCGUGGACUGGGCUGUGGCCCGGGAGAAGUACCAAGCGAUGCAGGCAGCGGCAUCUCCCGCAGGGGUCCAGGAGAAGAAGAAGCUAAGCCAGGCCCAGCAAGCGGACACAACUGAGGCUGGCAACGAAGACGACGAUCUGGAAGACGAAAGUUCAGAGCCUGCUGAGCCAGCGAGGCAGGGCAGGUACUUUGAGCAGCUCGCUCCACCGCCUGCAGGUAGCGAGGAGGAGGAGGAGGAAGAAGAAGAAGAAGAGCAAGAGACGCAGGACUCCGAUGAGGAAGAGGGGGAGCCUGGCAAAGCCAUGAGCUCUGAUGAAGAGGAGGAGGAAGAAGAUGACGAGGAUGAAGAUGAAGAAGAAGCUGGCGUCCCUUCGAAGCGGAAAAAAGUCCAGAAGCUCCCAUCAGAUGUCACCGAAGGAAGGACCGUCUUCAUCAGGAAUUUGUCCUUCGACAGCGAGGAAGAGGAACUGGGGGAGCUGCUGGAGCAGUUUGGAGAUCUGAAGUACGUGCGGAUUGUGCUUCACCCGGACACGGAGCACUCCAAAGGCUGUGCCUUUGCCCAGUUCCUGUCCCAGGAAGCUGCCCAGAAGUGCCUUCAGGUGGCUCAGGAUGAGAGCGAGGGCGGGGGGCUGCACCUGGGGGGCCGCCGCCUGCGAGUGGACCUGGCCGUCAGCCGGGAGGAAGCCCAGCAGCUGCGGAGCCAGAAGACGAAGAAACCCACCGGCACCCGGAACUUGUACCUGGCGCGCGAAGGCCUCAUCCGUGCUGGCACAAAAGCUGCCGAGGGGAUGAGCGAUGCUGACCUGGCCAAGAGGGCGCGGUUUGAGGAGCUGAAGCGUCACAAGCUGAAGGACCAGAACAUCUUCGUGUCUCAGACCAGGCUCUGCGUCCACAACCUGCCCAAAGGCAUCGACGACGUCCGGCUCCGGAAGCUGAUGCUGCAGGCGGCCAAGGGAAGCCCCGGCGUCCGGCUCAAGGAGUGCCGUGUGAUGCGUGACCUGAAGGCGCCCGCUGGGAAGGGGAAGGGCCAGUCGCUGGGCUACGCCUUUGUGGAGUUCCAGGAACACGAGCAGGCCCUGGCUGCCCUGCGCCACCUCAACAACAACCCCCAGGUCUUUGGGGACCUGAAGCGUCCCAUCGUGGAAUUCUCCCUGGAGGACCGCCGGAAGUUGAAGCUGAAGGAGCAGCGAGCCCAGCGCAGCCUGCAAAAGCUGAGGCAGAAGCAGCCCCCUGAGGAGGAGGCCGGCCAGCAGCCCAACGCCAGCGCCUCUGGAAAGCUGGCCAGAAGGCGGAAGAAGAAGCCCCCCAAGGCCAAAGAAGCGGAGGGGGCUUCUCAGGGGCACGAGGACCCGCCAGAGCCCCCCGAGAAGAAGCCCAGGGUCUCCCCGGCAGCCAAGCAGCAGCGUCCGGAAGCCCCCCGGCCGGCGGAGGGGGCCAUACCCUGGGCGGGUUUCCAGACGCGGGCGGAAAUAGAACAGGUGGAGCUGCCGGAUGGCAGGAAGCGGUGCAAAGUCCUGCCUCUGCCCUCCAAACGGGGGCCCAAGAUCAGGAAGCGGGACAAGGGAAGGGUGAAGCCCCCCGCAAAGAAGAUGGCCCCCUCCGGCCCAACGCGCAGGCAGGAGAAGAUCAGCCAGGGGCCCAAGCAGGCGCCCAGGAAGCACCCUCGGGGGAAGCGCAGCCAGGCGGAGACCCGCUUUGAGCAGCUGGUGGAGCAGUACAAACGCAAGAUCCUGGGCGGCGGCAACAAGGCUGCGGCGUCAGCCAGGAGGAGCAAAUGGUUUGAGGGCUGAGGGAAGCCCUGGGGGAGACCGGGGAGAGAGAGGGACGGCUGGCUGGGGCUGAGCCCAAGCAAGGGCAGCGUCCACCCCUCCACCCCCAUCUCUGCCAUCUCGGACUACUGGACUGUGCAAGGAAGCAGCCAAGAGCCGCCUGAGCUCUCUUUGCAAGGGUGCAUGGGGGGGGGGGUCUGGUCCCCAAGGUGCCCCCCUCUGCUGGCCAAGGCUAGUCGGCAGAUUUUUCGGGAAGCGCUUGCAGGACCCAGGAUCAGGGAGAUACACACACACCAGCGGGUGAAAAUUUGCCCCAUAUAUUUUUGCCAUCUCUGACCAAGAGAGGCCUGUGUUGUUAUCAUCACAAACGUUUUUUAAUAAAAGGGUUUUAUUUAAAAUCUA